AUGGGUCCCUCCACUUCUUCCCAUCAUCUACCUACCUCCCUGGUCGACCUUCUCUCCAACUCCUUGAUCUUGCACCAAACUGCGCCAUACCUACCAGUCUCCUCACUUUUCGCUCUUGCAUCGACUUCCAAAGCGCUGUACAACGUCAUCUGCCAAUCACCAGAAGCUUUUCGAUACCUCGAUCUGUCGCCCAUCAAAUCCGCACUCUUACCCUUUGAUGGUCCGCUCGAUGGCGGCGGCAUCACUUGGCGCGCUGAGCGCAUGGACGAGUCGCUGUCCGAAGAUGACUUCUACUCGGGUCCCCUUCGCGGCAUCGUCUACAGGCUUGAGAAGCAGCGCGUCCUACGCAACGUACACACGCUGGUCCUCGACGGCCUGAGCGUUACAGCCGAGUUCGUCAAGGAGCUCCUCACCCAAGACCGAUACAAUGUCAGACUGCUGUCGAUUCGAGAAGUCAAGCACUUGAACGAGCGUAAGCUCCAGCAGUACCUCAGAUACGCGGUCCGCCCCUCGAGGCCUGAAGGCACGCCUCGAGUCAAAGGCAUCUACCUUUUUGGACCUCGCGAUCGACACUACGAGACAGACGCACCGCGAGCGCCUUCUCCAUCGGCCUCUCGAGGCGUCAUGUCUUCACAAGGGGCUCAAAUCGGCGCAGAGUGGAACCAAAAGUCAUCGCAUGCGCUCAACACUGCGCUGGCACGGACAGAAGACAGAUGGUACCAGUCAUCCGGCAAGAUGAUUGUGAAGCGCCCUUCCCCAGAGUGGGCUGAGGUCGUCCAGGCGUGCGAGGGCCUCAUCUCCUUCGACGCUGUUCUUUGCCGAGGACCACGCCACGACCCUAGCAAAGCCCAUGUCAGAGAAGGCGCUGCUAGCGGCAUGCCACACCCAGCUUCCUUUCUCAGGCCUACCAUUGCCACCGUCGCGCUGGGGCCAGAUGGUUGCGAGACUUGUCACUCUGCUUCUGAAGGACCCGCGAUAUUCGGCAACUCGCCUGCAUCUGCUUUCCCUCUUUUGAGCCCCAUGCCGCUACACGGAAGCACACUGCGCGCGGCAAAGCUUCCACACACCAUCGACGGAUCAGGCCCUCCACCUUUGUACAUGCGCUGCGAAGACUGCCUCAAGGGCCGCUGGUGCGAGAGGUGCCACAAGUGGUGGGACGAGGACUGCUAUGCUGGAUCAACGGUUGCCCAGCGAACCGAACUCCAACAGACCGAGCUUACCGAAAGCCUGCAAAUCAACGGGACCACCUCCAUGAUUCCGAAGCAAACCAUCAAGAUUAUUGGCGUUCGACGUGACUGCUUCGGCUGUGGCCAUACAUGUAUAAGCUGCAAGGAGCUAUUUAUUCGAAAGUGUAAGAAAUGCCAGAAUGAAUACUGUCUCGAGGACAACGCUGCAUCAUCUGACACUAUGUGUGACUGGUGCAACUUCACUUCCCGAAGGACUGUCGAGAUGUACUAG